GCCACUUCACACGCUCACAAUCUUUCUUAUCGUCCUUCACGCCUCGAGUCAGCAUGUCACUACCGGCAGCAGUACCACCAGCAGCAGUACCAUCAGCAGUACUAUCAGCGUUCGAACGAGCAAUCGGCCGUUUUCUGGACAGUCUUAAUGCUGAAGAAAAGAAAUCGUUCCAUCGAAUCAACACCGUGGAUGAGGUAUGGGUAUUGAUUACGAAUCUGGAAGCGGAGCAGAGUACAAGAAAGUCGCUACGGAACAUGAAGCGCCUUGAGCCAUUCAUCAACUGCCUGUCACAAUACGCGAAGGUGAUUGAAGUCCUCAUUCAGGCGAAGCCUGAGAUAGGAUCUCUUCUCUGGGGACCCUUAAAGUUACUCUUGCAGUUAUCUGGCGGAUACAUCGAGAGCUUCGAAAAGUUACUGGAUGCCUUUCAGAAAAUCGGCGAGAAUCUCCCCCGUUUCUCCCUUUAUGCAACCAUCUUCUGCUACAGCGAGCGGAUACAGUAUGUCAUCUCACUUCUGUAUGAGGACAUUCUAGAUUUUUAUAGACGGACUCUCAAAUUCUUCCGACGAGGAGCCUGGAAGAUACUGUUCAGUUUCUCAUGGAACGACUUUGAGUCCAGAUUUCGGAACAUCUUGUUGAACAUCAAAAGCCACCAGCAAUUGAUCGACAAUGAAGCUUGUGCCGAGGAUAUUGCAAGAGCGCAAAUAUCCAGAGAAUUCGCGCGGGAGCGGUUUGAGGAGACUACGCGGGAAAGAGGAGCGAAGCGAAAGAAGCAAUGCUCGGAUUGGCUCUCUCCAGCAGACGUGGAUGUAUCAAAAGACAAUGCCCUACAGUUAAGAACACCGAGAACAAGCAAGUGGCUUCUUCGAUCGGUGGAAAUACAGGAAUGGCUCGCUGGAGAUUGCAACUUGUGGCUUACCGGAAAACCAGGCGCAGGGAAAACAAUUCUCACUGCAUCGGUGCUUGAUUACUUCGAAUCCCAACACCCCAACCCACCACCUGUGCUAUACUUCUUCUGCAGCUACAAAGAACCAGACAAGAACACCUGUCUAGCAAUACUCCGGAGCUUCAUAUAUCAGAUGAUACUUCAUGAUGAGCAGCUUAUACCUUAUGUGUACGCGGAGUACGUAGCUAGCCCGCAUUCGAUCAACUCCUUAAAGUGCAAGACGAUCUUGAGCAGCCUGAUUAGCGCGAGUUCGCCAUCCACCUCAAGUCACAUCUACGUCAUCAUUGAUGGUUUAGAUGAGCUUCCCUCAGCGGAACGCGCAACCCUUCUACCAAUAUUGUCGAGAUAUUUGGUCGAAUCUCCGUUCAAUGGCACAGUAAGGCUAUUUGUUGCAAGCCAAGACCUUCCGGACAUACGCAAGUUUCUCCUGAAGAAGACUAAACGAAUUGCUGUCGGAAACAAGAACAAGAAAGAUAUUCGCACAUACAUCGAAUCAGCUACUGACGACUUAUUCGAGGAGCUGGAACUAGAAGAGGCACCAGAUAUGCGAGAGCACAUCAUCAAUUCACUCUCUGGUCGUGCUGAUGGCAUGUUUCUAUGGGUACGGUUGGUCAUCAAAGGCUUGCUCUCCAAGGUGACGAUCAAGCAAAUUACCGAAACUCUAAACAACCUCCCAAAAGGGCUCGAUCAAGCCUAUGAAAGAAUCUUGGACCGGAUCAACUCGUUAGACCAAGAGCAACGAGCUUUGGCGAAGAAAGUACUCCGUUGGAUGACUUGUGCAACCCGAGCUCUUACCAUGAGAGAACUAGAAGACGCUUGUGCGAUAAUAUCCGGCCACAUCACUGUUCACAAUUCCGAAAGGCCUCUCCGUUCACAACUCCGAAAUAUAUGUGGGCCAAUUGUGGAGAUUGUCGGCGAAGAUACCUUGGUUUUCGUGCAUUUUUCUGCAAAGGAGUACCUUCUGAGCCCUCAUAGCGGCCCGUUCGUGGAUCGCGGGAUAUCACAGCUCGAAAUCGCGACUACCUGCACAAAUUAUUUUGCCUUCAGGUGUUUCGAUGAAGAUGUAGGCGACGAAGAAGCCACUGCCUUGAUUCUGAACGGCGACCUACGACUUUACGACUAUGCGCAAGGAAGCUGGGUGAAGCACAUAUUGGAAGCUUACCGCCGCUAUCCCCAAUGCGAUACACUCUCCGAUCCUCUUCGACGAGUUUUCGAGAAGCACUCCACUCAGAAGGCUAAACAGGUGCUUUCCAGUCAAUCAAUGGUUCCUCGGUCGGAAAACGCGGGACAUCCAGGCCUUAGAAUGAUCGUUGAAUAUCGCAGACAGUUAGGGCGAAAGAUAGGCGGCGGAACUGAAGCGCUUGAAGCGUGGUGCAACCAUAACAACCCGUUGGUCAUAGAAAGAGCAAACAGGCGACUCCGGAAGAUGUUGGAGGAUAUUCUCGAGGGGGACUCUAAUGCGGCAAGCACAACUAAUCCAGACGACGUGGAAACUCUACGAAGACUGUAUGGACAGAAACUCUACAAGUGCAAUCGACAAUCAUGUCCAUUACCUACUAUCGAAGGGUUUGAGACAGCUCUCCAGCGCAAGAAACAUGAAGAUAGACAUGAUUUGCCAUUCAAGUGCCCCGAUGAAAACUGCACAUACCAGGACAUUGGCCUACCUUCGAAAGUGGCGCUUCAGAGGCACAUAAAAGAUUAUCACGCCGAUUUAGCAAAGCACCGUCAGAAUCCGCCUGAAAAUACUGAGGUUCUAGACUUGAUAAGCAUAUCGCGCAAACGAUCAACUAGGAGCACGGCGCCUCUCACUCUUACCAGGCCAGCAGACAUUGAUACAAAGGCCAGACCAACAUACGAGGACCCUCCUGACGGAAGUGUAUUCGGAACUGAGAGGAAUCUAGGGCAUCCAAAGCACGAGUGUUGGUUUUUUGUGGUGGAGGAGGGUAGCCCCGUAGUAGGAGGACUUUCGAGGAUACAUUCGCUUCGGAAAGUAAGGAACCCCCGUAACUAUGACUCACAUAAGCAAAUUGUGCCGCAACAGAUAGAAGCAGCGUAUCGUCUGUGGGAGAAGCCGAUACCAGACGUCAAACACGCCGAUGGGGCUAUCGGUUUUCCUAAAUGGGCACAGCAUCUCGCUGGGAUCAGGCUUCUUCUUUCCGAUUAUAGGGCUCUAAGACUGGUGUCAUCCUUCUUACUUUUGGGCGGACGUACCGCAAGUGCCGUAUCACUGCUUCAUAGGCAAAACGUUCUCAGGGAGUACUCCUCUAAGCCCCUCAUCCCGUCGGGUACUGAGCUACGUAAACUGCUUCUCACAUCUGCCGAGAAAUUGAAAAUCACUCGUUACAUACGCUUCAUCGUUCAGUUUGCCAACCAAAUCGAGAAGGAAGUCGAAAGAAUGUCGCCACGCGAAACGAUUUUCUUUGACGAUCCUCAAACCGGAAGAGGAGUACUGCCAUAUUCAGAGCUGGAAUGGAAAUUCAUGGAAUACCACAGGCUGCAGCGGAUGAAGGACUUGGAUCAUUUUGCGCAAUUGCAAUUGCUUACACUCAGGAAUAAUCAUCGGAUCUGCGGAGACUCCCCGCUUUUACUCACCUUCGCCUCGAAAGAUCCCGCCCAGCUCGACGACUGCCUCAUAGCGACCGAUGGAAGGGAUUGCGAAGACUACAGUUCGAUAUUCGAGGUCAAGACUUGGGGAGAAGCAAGGUCACGGGCAUAUCGGCUGAAUCUCCCAGAGCUUUAUAUGUCCAUUCUCGUGGCGCAAUCCGAAAAAAUUGCUGUGCGAAUUGGCGAUCGGAUACCAUCAGGUCUGCCUAUGAUGACCCGCCAGGAGCUCGAAGCUGUUUUCACACUCAGCAACAAGCCUUCUGAAAUCGCUACGCUUGACAAACGAUAUCCACUGAAGGAACAUAUACCCAUCAUCGAAAAGCUCGAUUUCCUCCGGCCGCCGGGUGAUUGGAAUCCGACAUGGGGUGAACUCAAGCUACAAGUUCAAAGUUGUUCUCAGUGGCAACUCUAUGAGUAUUUCCGGCUAUUACAGCUCCAACAGGAAGCUCAAAUACGACUACAACUAAAUCCCACCUUAUUCCAAUCCGAUAAGGGGGAAGGAAAAAAUACGUGCUGUCACUGUAACGAGACUAGCGACGAAAUGUUGCUGGCGUGUGAUGGUGAAAAGUGUCCACGCAAGUGGUUUCAUUUAAGCUGUGUUGGGUUGUCAUGGGCACCGCGCCACAACGAGAAGUGGUAUUGUGAUUCUUGCUUCAAGAAGAGGGGUAUCGGCCGGAGUUAUAUAGAUGUCACGGACGAGGGAGAUGCAGACGAGGGAGAUGAAGGCGAGGAUCAAAGGAAGGUGGCACCCGAGCACCCUAUCUGCAUAGUCCUUGAUGGGGACGAGGAAGAACAGCAUCGGAUUGCGUCACCCGACCCCCUUGGGGAUCCCAGCGGGAGCAGCUUCUGGAGUGAUUUGCUGCCUCGUAGUCUUCCUCGAGGCGAACCCCAAAAAGCAAUUGAUGAUAUCUUCGAGCCGGAUCAGCAUCAAAGUAGGUCGCUGGACCCCUCCCGCGAUCCCAGCGCGAGCUCCAGCUGGAACCAUUUUCCCGGGCCAAUUAUCCUUCCAGACCCAUCAAAAAUAGAAGUAUCAGAUAUUCGGGAUAACGGCGAGCGAGAACAGCGACAGUCACAUGUGAUAAGCAACAUCACACCUCCAGCCCUUACCGGUACAUUCAGUAGCAAAAACUGGGGCCCGAUUGAUGCCGAAGGUCUCCAGUAGUACUACCGCUCGGAUUUAUAUCUAGCAGUCUCAGAGAAUACAGAUUUACUAGGGUCGAUGUCUGAUGAUUUUGACUAUUUCUUUUGCUUUCAUCGUAGUGUUUUCGACCAGUUUCGGAUUUCUUUAGAUAUAAUGAGCAUUUCAUCUGAUUCAUUUAUGUUUCUUUCAUUUCAUCGCAAUAUAUUCAGUCGACUUUGGUCACGACAUUACUUUGUAAAAAGCCCUGAAU